CGCUGCUCUCUUCCCAGCACAACACCAUCACCCACACAAACACACGGCCGAAGCAACCCAAGCGAGUCCUCGUGUUCCCGUGCACACACGCCUAAGCUCGAACCAUGUCGUCGCAGCGGAUGGGGCGUCACCAGCGCCGGGCGUCUCAGAGCGUGUUCGCGCUGCCGGAGAACUUCGCGGCCCUCGACGACGUGCCGCCGUCCGACGAGCACCGGAAGGCGGACGGCGGCGGCGCGACCGAGCAGCAGCAGCAGGGGGCGGGGCGCCACCGGCGGGCCAUGUCCAUGGCCGUCGCCUCCUCCAGGGACCUCGAGAUGAUCAAGGAGGACGUCGGCGGCUACAGCAACUACAAGAUUGGCGCCUAGAUUAGUGCCACCGGCGGCGCGCACGGCCGGCGCGGCUCAGAGCACGCACGUGUACGGUGUUCGUAAUACGUGCGUGCGCGCGUGCUCGGUGGCGCUCUCGGCGGAGUUGGGGCCUCGCGCGCGCGGCUGAGCUUUGCUGCCGCCGGUGCCGGUGCCGGAGGCCGUGGCGCGUGCUGGUUCGUUGCUUGUAUGGUCAAGCGGCCGAGCCUGGUUGAGGUCUUGCUUGCUUCGAUUCCCUUUUCUUUUGCUCAAGACAUGCAUGUAAGGUGUGAUGUUAUUUGCGAGUUUAAAGCUCUUCAAACUACUAA